AUGCAAGUGACUCGGUGAAUGUCUAUACUGAAGAGCAGGUUGUAUAGCUCAGCACACUCUCUCCUUGUCACGUCUCGCACUAAUCACACUUUGCGCCGCUCAUUCACCAAUAUGCCACCAACAGAGACCAAGCCUCGACCGAUUGUUGUUUCUGGCCCUUCUGGCGCCGGAAAAUCCACUUUGAUCAAGCGUCUGCGCGCCGAGUACCCUGAUCGCUUCGCACUCUCCGUCUCCCACACCACCCGCGAACCACGAGCUGGUGAAGAGCACGGCAAGGACUACUGGUAUGUGUCGAAGGACGACUUCAAGAAGAAGGUCGAGGAGAAUGGUUUCAUCGAGCACGCACAAUUCGGCAGCAACUUCUACGGCACAAGUGUACAGGCCGUGAAGGAUGUGGCUGAGCAGGGAAGGACCUGUAUCUUGGACAUUGAAAUGGAGGGCGUCAAGCAAGUCAAGAAGACAGACCUGAACGCACGAUACCUCUUCCUCCAGCCCCCCUCUGUCGAGAUCUUGGAGCAGCGGUUGAGAGGACGGCAGACGGACAAGGAAGAGGCCAUCCAGCAACGACUGAAGCAAGCCGAGAAGGAGAUUGAAUUCUCGAAGACGCCUGGCGUCCACGACAAGAUCAUUGUCAAUGACGACUUGGAGAAGGCAUGGCUGGAGUUCAAGGCAUUCUGUGUGCCAGAAUCAUCCUCGUAGCAGUCGCGAGUGUCAACGUUUGACCGGCGUGAGGGUCACAAGAGAUCAUACGACAGAAGAUACAAGGUCGAAAGUCAAGUCAACGGUAUAGAGGCGAGGCUGCACGAAGCCGGCGCAUCGGUCAAUCAGCCUACAUCACAAUGUCAGGGAUGACAUCUUCGAAGUUCCAUGCAUCUGCUAGGCCUAGACCCGAUACAACUCAUCCGCGCUCUAGGGCUUUAGGGUGUUGUGCUCGCUGAUUGGCUGGACUUAGCCACAAAACUGAUGCCAACGGAAGCGAUAUAGCAGUUCAGCACAGCAUACAAUCAGGCUUACAGUCAGCAAAACGCUCCUCGAUCUCCGCACAAUAACAGCCAUUCAGAAGCGUCCGAAAUGUGCUCAUCGUAUAUCUCGAUGUCACACCACCCACUGUACCUUCCCAAAACGACCAGUUUCGGGCUGCCAAGAACGCCUGAGGUGCUUUGAGCAUGUUUUCUGGAAAGGAAGUUGUGCUUGAGAUAUCGCCGCACCUCGUCGAAC